AACAUUCAAUUGUUUCUUACUUUAAAGGAGGAGAAGAAUGCUAUUGAAAAGAAAAGACACAUAUUGAGCUUAAUAUCAGGUUAUCUUAAAGAUGAAGGUUUGUUUCAAACAGCCAAGUGUUUGAGUAUAGAAGCUAGUGUUGUAAACAGUUAUGAAGUAUGUGACAAUAUUGACCUACCAACAAUACUCAGAGAAUAUGAAUCUUACUAUUAUGCACGUUUUCAAAAGUAUCCAAAGAUCUGCAAGAAGGUGGAAUUUUCUGUUAAAGAAAAGGAUGUAAAUAUCUCAAGAAAGAAAAAUGGCAGAAAAAUCACAUCAAGGGAAGCUACAGAUUGUAUAGUAAACAAUGUAAAAGAUUCUCAAGGAAAUAAAAACUUAACUUACGAAGUCAAGGAAGUUAAAAGUGUUCAUGAUGAAUUAAGUGCAGGUUUGACUGUUCAACCAGUUAAUUUAAAUAAUACACCCAAAGUUAAAACGUCAAAUGAAUGUGAAGAUUUUGAAGAGAACGGAAAAUUUCUAAAGCCACUGGAUGGAAUAAAUGGCUUUUGUAGCGAGUGGAAAGAAUUUGCUGAAUGUAUUUCUAAGGAAAUUUGUGUAAGGAAUCCUAAUGUUCAAUGGAAUGAUAUAAUAGGAUUGCAAGAAGCGAAAAAGCUGCUUAAAGAAGCUGUAGUUUAUCCCAUAAAAUAUCCUGAACUUUUUUCUGGUAUUUUAGCACCAUGGAAAGGUUUAUUACUCUAUGGGCCACCUGGCACAGGGAAGACACUGUUGGCAAAAGCAGUGGCUACAAAAUGCAAAACAACAUUUUUCAAUAUUUCUGCUAGUUCCAUUGUGAGCAAAUGGAGAGGAGAUUCAGAAAAACUCGUGCGGGUAUUAUUUGAAUUAGCACGAUACCAUGCACCUUCAACAAUCUUCUUGGAUGAAAUUGACGCAGUGGCCUCACAUAGGGAUGGAUCUGGUGAACAUGAAGGUUCUAAGAGGCUUAAGGCAGAACUUCUCAUACAGUUAGAUGGCCUUUUACACAGUAAUGAUAAAGUGUUCCUUUUAGCAACCUCAAAUUUGCCUUGGGAAUUGGACACUGCAAUUUUACGACGAUUAGAAAAACGCAUUCUUGUUGAUUUACCAUCACCUGAUGCUCGAAAAUGUAUGUUCCAGCAUUACCUUCCUCCAGUGACUCUGAACACUCCUAAUCUUGAAUGCGAUUUGAAUUACGAUCAUCUAGCCCAGAUCACUGAAGGAUAUUCUGGUUCUGAUAUAAAACUAGUUUGCAAAGAGACUGUAAUGGAAGCAAUGCGAUCAGUCUUCUCAGUUCUUGAAAAUUAUGAUGAUGAGGCCAGCUUCCCGAAAUUAGAACUGAAGAAAAUUAUUACAGAUGAUGUUGAACAAGCAUUGAAAAGAACAAAACCAUCAGCUGCACAUGUUGAAAUAAAAUAUAGAAAGUGGCAAAAAGAAUUUGGUUCAGUAUAGUUAUUUAUUAAUAAAACUCUCUUAUUAUUUAGUUAUAAAUUGUUGCAAAUGCUUGUAAGUUUCCAGUUAUAUUUCAAAUAAUUUGGCUUUGUAACACAAAGAUAUAGAAAAUUAGAAUGAAACAGAAGAAUUAUGGGUACUGCUGAGAUCAGAGGCAAACUACAAUAUGAACAAAAGUUUGAACAUACCCAACUGUGAUAUGAACAAUCCUACAGUGAUUAUUUCGUUACUAGAAAACCUCUCAGUAGAUCACGAAUUUCUCUCUUAAAAUAGCAUAAACUGAUAGUAUAUAAAAGUUACUUUUACAUCUAAUUUAAAUGUAUGAAACUAAUAGUCUUUUCUAAAAUGGUUUAAACAAAGUGAAAGAUAAAAAAACAUUUUAAUUGUUUAUCAAUAAAUUUCUUCCAAAGUUGAAUUCACUUAUUUAAUACAGUGGAAUCUUUAGUAGGUUGUUCAUCGGAUCAAACAUUUUGAAUAGUGUAGGCAGGAAAACAGGUUAUUGCGAAAUGCUCCAAUUGUUUUUCCACAUUUUCUCAGUCAGGACAUUAUAACACAGAAUUAAACUACAGUUACUUGUAAGUGAUCAGUGCAUAAGUAUGAGAAUGUGGGUUACUCAUUAGUAGCCCAUAAACUUCUGUAAUAGAACUAUGAAUAAUCAACAAAACACUGUAAAUUAACAGAAAAAAUAAAACCUAGCUUCGUUA